UAAUUGAGCAACACUCGUUGCAUGAGUCGCUAUAAAUCAGACUUAAAACUCGCAUGCUUGUGGGAACCGUAUAACAGAUGGCGGUAAACGAACUAAGCAAGCGUCAGUUCACUCUUGUCUUUUAAUCGCGACGAAUCGUUCGAUCGGGAGUACCGAAAAAGCAUUUAUUUCUUCGCCGGGAAAAUACAUUCGUUAAGUUUCUCCGGAACGUGAAUUGGAAAAUAAUAAGAAAAUCAAAAUGGCACCGAUUGCGGAUCAAAAAUACACGUAUGAUUUAAUUGUCCUUGGAGGUGGAUCAGGGGGUUUAGCAGCAGCCAAAGAAGCUGUGAAUUAUGGUGCAAAAGUUGCUGUAUUUGAUUUUGUGACACCAUCCCCACGAGGUACAACCUGGGGAUUAGGUGGUACUUGUGUUAAUGUUGGAUGUAUACCAAAAAAGUUGAUGCAUCAAGCUGCUUUACUUGGAGAAGCUGUUCAUGAAUCCACAUUUUAUGGUUGGCAAUUACCAGAUCCAAAAACUAUUAAGCAUGAUUGGGAAGCAUUAAAAACUGCUGUACAGAACCAUGUAAAAUCUGUAAACUGGGUUACACGUGUUGAGCUGAGAACAAAGAAAGUUGAAUAUAUCAAUGCACUUGGAUACUUUAAAGAUCAACAUACAGUAUGUGGAGUAAUGAAGAAUGGAGAGGAAAAAUUAUAUACAGCACAAAACAUUUUGGUUGCUGUAGGAGGCAGGCCAAGAUAUCCUGAUAUUCCUGGUGCUUUGGAAUAUGGUAUUAGUAGUGAUGACAUCUUCAGCUUGGAAAAACCUCCAGGAAAAACGCUAGUUGUUGGUGCUGGAUAUAUUGGUUUGGAAUGUGCUGGAUUCUUGAAUGGUUUAGGUUACGAUGCUACAGUAAUGGUACGUUCCAUUAUUUUGCGAGGAUUCGAUCAGCAAAUGGCGAACAUUGUUGCCGCAGAAAUGGAGAGACGCGGUGUCCAUUUCAUUUAUGAAGCUAAGCCGAAAAAGAUUGAAAAGCAGAGCGAUGGACGACUCCUUGUCGAUUGGGUUGAUAAAGAUGGAAAAAUUCAUCAAGAUACAUAUGAUACUGUUCUGUUUGCUAUCGGUCGUAAACCACUCACAGAAGAAUUGAAGCCUGAAAAUGUUGGCCUUAAACUUGUUCCAGACACUUACAAAAUAGACGCGAUAGAUGAACAAACUAACGUUCCAAAUAUAUAUGCUGUUGGAGAUGUUCUUCAUAAAAAGCCAGAGCUAACACCUGUAGCCAUACACGCUGGUCGAUUAUUGGCAAGAAGAUUAUUUGGAAACUCGACGGAACAAAUGGAUUACACUAAUGUAGCCACGACAGUAUUCAGUCCUUUAGAAUAUGGCUGUGUAGGUCUCAGCGAAGAGGCUGCGAUUGCAAUUCACGGAGAGGACAAGAUAGAAAUUUUUCACGCGUAUUAUAAACCGACAGAAUUUUUCAUUCCCCAGAAAGAUGUCUCUCAUUGUUAUUUAAAGGUUGUCGCAUUAAGGGGCGGCGAUCAAAAAGUCCUUGGUAUGCAUUUCAUUGGUCCUAAUGCCGGUGAAAUUAUUCAAGGCUUUGCUGCCGCUGUUAAGUGCAAUUUAACAUUCCCAAAACUGAAAGAGACUGUUGGUAUCCACCCAACGGUUGCAGAAGAAUUCACGCGUAUAUCUAUUACUAAACGUUCUGGGCUUGAUCCUAAGCCGCAAAGUUGUUGCAGUUAAGGUACACGCAACUUUAGGCUCGUUGCGUUGCCGACGUUUUUGAAUAAUUUUAAGUGUGAUUGGCAGCACACAUUUUUUGUGCUUAUGGCAUCGAUCGUUUGUUUCGGAACUAAUUUUCCGAGCGGAGCCCUUUCAAACGAGAAAUAUUUUUUUACGAUGUACGAAGAGGAGAAUUAUCAAGAUAUUUCAGUAUUUCAAACUCGGAAUUUGUAGAGCAAUGUAUAGCAACAUUUGCUUCCUGUAGAAUCUAAUCACGUUGUUGUACUUAUAGCAAUUUUUAUAAAUAUAAUUUUUCAGAUGUCAAUAUAUUCUCAUGUAUACAUCCGAGCAAAAAUAAAUAAGCUUUGAACGAA